AUAUGUGGAUAGGGGCUUUCAAAACGGAAAAGGAAAGCUACUUCGAGUGGACAAUAAAUGGUUUGAGAGUGGAUUUUUCCGACUGGGCCCCUGGCGAGCCUGCUGUGCAGUUUGCGGAUAACUGUGUGUCAAUAGAUCAAAGCAAGGGGUUUAAGUGGGCCUCCUUUUCAUGCUCCAGUCGUUUCAAUUGGAUUUGUGAACAAAGACUAGAGAUAAGCGACCCGAAUUUAAUCGGCUGACUGACACAUUUGUAUGAAAUGAUUUCCCUAAAAUAUACUAUUACAAGCGAGGUGUUUCCCUUUUAAAUUGACACGAGG